AUGAUUCUCGGACGAUCAGAAUGAUUCAGUGACUCGAGAGUGUUUCAUCAUCAGUUGUUUACUCAUAUAUCUCAGUGUCUAGUUCAGACUGGUUGUGUGUUUAGGUAAGCUCCCCAAAUAUUUCGCAUAUGAAUGUGAUUGAUUCUUAUUAAUUAACAGAUUAGAUGUAAGCCGUUUAUUAUCGUCGGGCCUGUAUUGAAUGGCUUUCAGUGCGUUAGCUCUCGGGUAGCGCUAACCUUCAACCGAUUCCGUUUGUCAAAAAACACAACAACACUCAAACAUGUCGUGUACGUGUGCUUCAGCAGCGAGAAAACUCCUAAACUCAGCUCACAGAGGAUUCUCUGGCUCUGGAGUGCAGCUGCUGUUACUGAGCCGCCUGGGGACUCGUGAGGUUCAUCUGGCACGCCGCGUCCCCGUCAGGUGGUUCUCCGAGACGUCUGUGUAUUAUGCUGCAAAAGAUGGGAUGAAGGAUGGAGAUGGUGGAAAGAAAUCUGUCGGUGAAGGAAGUGGGAAAAAGAGCAACUCUAGUAAUUCUGGGAAAGGAGGAAGUCAGCUGAGGUGCCCCAAAUGUGGAGAUCCUUGCACACAUGUAGAAACUUUUGUUUCAUCAACUCGCUUCGUGAAAUGUGAAAAGUGCCACCACUUUUUUGUGGUGCUUUCAGAAACUGACACCAAGAAGAGUUUGAGUAAAGACCCAGAGUCUGCAGCAGAAGCUGUCAAGUUGGCUUUCCAGCAGAAACCCCCUCCGCCUCCUAAAAAGAUCUAUGGUUAUCUUGAUAAGUAUGUUGUGGGUCAGGAUCAUGCUAAGAAGGUUUUGUCGGUGGCCGUGUACAAUCAUUACAAACGCAUCUACAACAACAUGCCGGCAGGCUCCAGGCAGCAGCAGGUGGAGGUGGAGAAACAGGCCUCCCUCACUCCUAGAGAGCUAGAGCUAAGACGACGGGAGGAUGAAUACAGGUUUACAAAGCUGCUGCAGAUUGCAGGGAUCAGUCCUCAUGGAAAUGCUCUGGGCGCCUCCAUGCAGCAGCAGCUGAACCAGCAGGCACCUCCAGAGAAGAGAGGAGGAGAAGUGCUGGACUCCACACACACUGACAUCAAACUAGAGAAGAGCAACAUAGUGCUGCUGGGCCCCACCGGCUCAGGGAAAACACUUCUGGCCCAAACACUGGCCAAAUGCCUGGAUGUUCCCUUUGCGAUCUGUGACUGCACCACCCUCACUCAGGCAGGGUACGUGGGAGAGGACAUCGAGUCAGUCAUCGCAAAGCUACUGCAGGACGCCAACUAUGUGAUCGAGAAAGCUCAACAAGGUAUCGUGUUUUUGGAUGAAGUAGACAAGAUAGGGAGCGUUCCUGGGAUCCAUCAGUUAAGGGACGUGGGAGGAGAGGGAGUGCAGCAGGGUUUACUGAAGCUACUGGAAGGCACUAUUGUUAAUGUUCCUGAGAAGAACACAAGGAAACUGAGAGGUGAAACUGUCCAAGUUGACACCACCAACAUCCUGUUUGUAGCAUCUGGAGCGUUUAACGGACUUGACCGUAUCAUCAGCAGGAGAAAGAAUGAGAAGUACCUUGGGUUUGGAACACCAUCUAACAUUGGGAAAGGUCGACGGGCAGCGGCAGCGGCUGACCUGGCUAACACCACGGGUGGAGAGGUGGACGUGGUGGCUGAGAUCGAGGAGAAGGACCGGCUUCUGAAUCACGUGGAGGCCAGAGACCUCAUUGAGUUCGGGAUGAUUCCUGAGUUUGUGGGCCGUCUUCCUGUUGUGGUUCCACUGCACAGCCUGGAUGAGGAGACACUGGUGCGGAUCCUCACAGAGCCACGCAAUGCUGUUGUGCCUCAGUAUCAGGCUCUCUUCAGCAUGGACAAGUGUGAUCUGAGCAUGACACCUGAUGCCCUGAGAGCGAUUGCCAGAUUGGCUCUGGAGCGUAAAACCGGAGCACGUGGGCUGAGAUCCAUAAUGGAAAAACUGCUGCUAGAUCCCAUGUUUGAGGUGCCACAUUCAGAUAUUGUGGCCGUGGAAGUGAACAAGGAAGUGGUUGAUGGAAAAGCGCCACCUCGCUACAUACGAGCUGCAGCUAAAGACUCCUCUGAGGAGGAGUACGACUCUGGAAUCGAAGAGGAAAACUGGACAAGACACGCUGAUGCUGCCAAGAACUAAAAACGAAAAACCCAGUUUAUAGUCAAGACAUUUUUUUAGCUCCUUAGUUCUCCCAAGGGUCCAUUUCUCACUGUAUGCUAGUGAUGAUUUGUUACUCACUUUGGAAAAUCUUAUUCCUCGAAAAUAUCCCAAAUCUUACCUUUACUUUAAGCAAUCAUGGCGUAGAGAAAUGAGUUUAAAAUAAACCUAAUUCUCCCCUGACACUUUCCUCGUAAAGAGAUUGUUAACAGUAUGUGAAAUGUAAAGAGAAUUUUAUUUUAUUCUUAUUAACUUGAUCUUGCAAGUGAUUUUAUGAACUGUUUGAUUGGACACCAAACAGACAGAAAGUGAAGAAGGCUUGUACCAAUGUGUGUUUGACUUCAUAUUCACAAAGUUUUUCUUUGUCCAGCUUGGAAUAAAUUACACAUUUGUGUCACAUUGGUCAUGUAAUAGUUAUACUGUUAUAUUGAUACAAUUAGAGAUUCUUAUUAAGCUAUAUCUGAUCAUUUUUAUAAAGUCUCCCAAUAUGUCCAUGGUAAAUCAGUUUUUGUAGCUGACACACAUGUAUAAUAAUUAGAAACCCAUCUGAAUAUGAAUUUAAGUUAAUUGGGUCUCCGACUUGUAUUUUUCUCCCCCUUCAAUCAAUGCAAUGGGAUUUUUACAUGUCAGUUUUGCUAGUACACUCAAGCUGCUAUUUGCAUUAUGAUAAGAGUCAAGAAUAUCAGUGACUUUCUGGAAUUGUAUUGAAUUGUAUCAAUGUGUUGUCAAGAAAUUCUGUUGUUAUUCACAAAGUGGCCCAGUGGUGGAAGAUUUAUUUGUAUUGGCCAGAUUAAAACAAAUGGUACACGAGUAACUUUGGUCUCUUUGAGAAAGUUGUGCAUCACUAACUGCAGUAGUUUCUCAGUGAUCUCUGCUAAACUCAUUUUUAGUCGCUCCACAGAAAUUUAUUGCUUUUUUUUCUUUUGAAUUGCGUUGUUACAGAAUGAUAUGAAUUAAGUGCAAGGUGGGGAAGGGGUUAAUUUUUGUAUAGAGAGAGUAGAAACCAUGUAUGUUUUUGAUCCUCACACUUAAGCACAGAUGUACAAAACUAAUGUAUGUAAGGAAUAAAAUGUAAAUAUUAUCACCGA